AUGAAUUUGGUUGACUAUGAACUUUCCAGCGACGAUGAAUGUGAUGAGGCAUCGAGGGAAAAUGAAAAAAACUAUUGUGACUCAUCAAAGGAAGGAAAUAAAUCCAUAGAGAGUCAAAAAAUUGAGUGCAAUAAAAGUAAAAAUAGCAUUAACAAUAGAGUGCACCACUCUGGUAGUAACAAGACUGAUAACGGAUGUACAACGGAAACAUUUAAGGGGUCCCAAAUGUUGAAGUGGGAUUCUGAAAAAGAAAAUGCAUCAGUGGUGGUUAAGACAUCAGACUUAAAUAAAAUGCCUAAGAAUGACAUUGAAGAGAGAGAGAAACACAAAUAUGAACGACCUAAUUUGGGGAAAAAUAAUUUGGAGGAUCAAAGGAAAAAGGGGAAGCUGAAAGAAGCACCAUUCGCCAAUAAAUCAAAAGAUGUAGAAUCUGUAUUACAUCAGGAAAAUGACAAUGAAGGUGUCUAUAAAAAGGAAUUAAACUCUGAAGGGAAUAGAGAGGAUCGGAAGAACAUGAAGGAUAGGAAUAUACACACAAGCGGAAUAUUAGCAGACGAAUAUACAGACAAUAGAACUACGAGACGUGUGAAUAUCCUAGAAAGUAACAAUAUUAUGAAUGUUAAUGUUAACGAAGACAAUUUUGAUGAAAUAUUUUUCUUGCCUGAAAAUGAAUAUUCAGAUUGUGUAAAUGAAAAAAUUGAGGAAUUGUCGAAGCUGUAUGAAAUCAAUUUAACAAUUAAUAAAAAUAUAAUAAAUUCCAAUGAAUAUAAAAAUCCUUGCAUUUUGGAAAAAAUUAUGGAGAUUUUUCAUAUUGAUGUGUAUUCAUCUAAUUAUCCGUUGCAUAUUUACAACCCCAACGAUUUUUUAUCAAUCGAUUUGUUCAACGAAAGAACCGAAGAAACGGAUCAGAAGAAAACGAAAUGGUCGUAA